AUGACCGGUGCUUGUUUACUUCGGCACAGCAAUCCCACCCACUUCGAGAUGCAGUCUAAUGCACAGCGAUACCCAUUUUCUCCAAAGCCUGCUGUUGUUCUCUCCGCUGACCGAACAAAAGACCUAAUAAAGCCCACCACAUCCUCAUACUUCUCAACCGCAUCGAGCUUUAGUCUUGACUUGUUGAAGGGGAAUAUGAUAAAUCGAAGCCUGUGCUUUAGCAAGUGGUUCAACCAAGCGCUACUAGCAAACGCCAUCAUUGCAAGUGCGUAUGAAGGCGGAAAGGCUCUGCAUGCUUGCGGCUCCUUGCAUGAGCACUUUCAACCUCUGAGGGUCGUGAGGAGUCUUGAAUUGUUCAUGUUCACUCUACACUAUCCAGAGCUGUAUACAGCACUCUUCUCUUCAACCAUAUCUACAAACUAUCGCCUCCGGCGCAAGAGUCUGUCCAGAGCGGGCGUUAUUGUGCCUCUGGCCACACCCGAAUGGCAAAUAUUUAAUACAGUAUGCUCGAAGCUUCGCUGUGGCAAAUUAGCAAGCUAUAUAUUCAUGCCGAUCCCCGGCCCUCUAUGA